AUGCAGGUGCAAGUUGGAGCUGAUGAAUGUGAGUAUCGAAGCGCACAUUUCAGGGGGCCCUGCUUUGGACGCAAUCACGAGUGCUACAUCUGUUGCCAGGAGGAAGGUUUUGAUCGGGGCUCAUGCAAAGGGUUUCUCAACCGUCAUUGUAUCUGCACUAAGCCUUGUGGAUCACCUGGAGGUCCUCUUACCUACGAACCUCCUCCUCCUCCUCCUCCUCCAGAAGAAGAUGUUCCUUCUCCUCCAGAGGAAGAUGUUCCUCCUCCUCCCGAAGAAGAUGUUCCUCCUACUCCUGAAGAAGAAGCUCCCAUUAAUUAG